AUGACACCACGAACCACAAAAAUACCUUCGCGCCGCAGAUUUCUCAGGGACAACCUCGUCGUCCACGACAAUUGCGCUAUCUGUACAGAGCCAUUCGAUGCGGAACAUCAUGCAGCAUCCAUCAAGACAACAAAUUGCCAACACACAUUUGGGAUAGAAUGUCUGAAACAAUGGAUAGAAUCCGGCCAGGACAACUACAACACCUGUCCUCUCUGCAGAGAACAGCUAUUCUCCGAAAUCGACAAGCCUGAAUUUGUCGAAGGAGCACGACGCGAACGCCAAGAUCUCACAAUGGCCCACCAGAUCCAGACCUGGGACGAUGCCAAGAAGUUCGUCAAGACUAUUUGGCGUGCCAUGUACAAGUUCUACGAACGCGAUCAGAUCAUCUACGACUCUGAUAUUGAAGAGGCGAUCACCGACGCGCUGGCUGGCCCCCCCGCGCGCUACAAUAGCAUUCAGGGUCUCUAUAUAUUCAGUGGUCAUUGGCCCACAAUUGGUGUGGAGGGCCCGCUACAAUGGCAGCUUGAAGGCUCUGAAUCGACGGAUGAAGAAGCGUCAGAUGAGGAAGGUGGUGAUGAUGAUAUGUUGAUGGCAGAGUCGGCGGAGUAG